UCUUUCCUUCAGUGUUCUCCUUUUAUGUUUCUUUCGCUUAUUUUACUAAAGCUUCAGUCCACAACAGCAAACCAUUCCAUUAGUGCAUGCCGAAUGGCAACCGUGAGGUGACCCUGUUCUAUUUUUUUCAUUUUGAUUUCUCCAUUCUUGCAUCAACUGAUUAUAUCUCCGAACCAGCCUCUGUACUGUUUUUCAUUGAAGGCAUUUAGACUCUUUGGGAGAUAUUUCUGUGCUCAGGGCUGCCAGUGUGUUGAAAAAUGGUGCUUUGGAGUUAUAUUGGAAGCUUGUGCUGAGCUGACUAGUUGCAGAGGCAGAAGACGCAAACAUGGAGGGAGUGCCAAAGAACAUCACACACCAAAUUGGAGGGCUCCAAAAUGACACCCUUCGUUCUGGACUUCAGGGCAUCAAGAGUGACAUCAUUGGAUCUCAUCCCCUUGAAUCCGCUCAAAAAUCCGUAAGGCGAACACAGGAAACAAUGAAGAGGAAGUGCAUUAUCAAUACAUAUGGGUCUGCUUUUCCACUGAAGAUGGACCUGGACAGGCAAAUACUUUCUAGAUUCCAGAGACCUCCAGGAGCUAUUCCAUCUUCGGUGCUGGGUUUAGAAGCUUAUACCGGAACUCUUGAUCACAUUUGUUUUGAGGAUUAUCUUAAUGAUCCCCGAGAAUCUGAAUCUUUCCGGCCACCGGACAUGCAUCAUGGAAUGGAAGUUCGCCUUGGUCUUUCCGAGGGGCCAGUCUGCCCAGGCUUCAUAUAAUGAGUGCAUCCGAAUAUUCAUUACAAUGAGAGGGAUGGAGCUAGCAGCAUGUUUCAUUAGGGUUCUAUUUACCAAUGUUAAGGAUGUUUGGGAUGCAUGGUUAAUGGAAACACAGCAUUUAUAAUCAAAGCUACAGGCUCUUUUGUUGUUUGUGAUGUAUUUAUAGGUUCCAAACAAUUGGCAUUUAAUGCUCGGGCUCUAUUUCUGACCCUUUUCCAGCGUCUACUUUUCAAGCAUGCUAUGCCUUUUGGUGACACUAGAAUUUGUAGUGUUCAAGCUGAAAGCGAAAUCUAGCUGACAAAGGUGCCAACUUUAAGCUGGAUUUGUUGCCGUGGCUUUUGGGACUCGCUACAAUUUUCCCUUGUCAUGAGGGACGAUAAAUGGUUGGGGUUGGAAUGAUCCUCACAACUUCCUUACUGUUCCUUAUUUCCUCAUGUAAUAGAUAUACCCCACUUAUUGCAGGACAAUUUCUAGAAGAAAUGAGUGGUUCUUAUUAUAA